GUCACUGCUAUCCUUACAAUUGAGUAAUAAAUAUAUAGGACCACUUUGAUCAACAAAAAAUUUAUGCAACAAAAACACAUAGUGAUUGAAUUCUACAACCUCCUCAACAAUGAAUUCUAUGAGAUUAAUUCAUGUACUUUGGUUUUUCAAUCUGUGUGUGACAUUUACAUUCAUUCAAGUCCUAAGUGAGAAUGUCUAUAACUCAAAGAAAUGUGAGUACCCUGCAAUUUACAAUUUUGGUGACUCAAAUUCAGAUACUGGAGCAGCAAAUGCAAUAUACACAGCUGUUACGCCUCCUAAUGGUAUAAGCUACUUUGGAAGCACCACAGGAAGAGCUUCUGAUGGCCGUCUUAUCAUAGAUUUUAUCAGUGAAGAAUUGAAGCUACCAUAUCUAAGUGCAUAUUUGAACUCAAUUGGAUCAAAUUAUAGGCAUGGUGCUAACUUUGCAGUAGGAGGUGCAUCGAUUCGUCCUGGUGGUUAUAGUCCAAUCUUUCUUGGUCUUCAAGUAUCUCAGUUCAUUUUGUUCAAAUCACACACCAAGAUUCUCUUCAAUCAACUUUCUGACAAUAGGACAGAAUCACCUUUCAAAAGUGGUCUUCCAAGGAAUGAGGAAUUCUCUAAGGCCCUUUACACAAUUGAUAUUGGACAAAAUGAUCUUGCCAUUGGUUUACAGAACACUUCAGAGGAACAAGUUAAAAGGUCAAUUCCUGAUAUCUUGAGCCAAUUCUCCCAAGCAGUGCAGCAACUCUACAAUGAAGGGGCAAGAGUGUUUUGGAUUCACAAUGUAGGUCCAAUUGGAUGCUUGCCCUAUAAUAACAUCUAUUAUCCACACAAGAAGGGUAACUUGGAUGUCUAUGGCUGUGUUAUACCUCACAAUGAGCUUGCUCAAGAAUAUAACAGGCAGCUAAAAGACAAAGUGUUUCAGCUAAGGCGAAAGUUUCCAUUAGCCAAGUUUACAUAUGUUGAUGUGUACACAGCCAAAUAUAAACUUAUUAGCAAUGCAAAGAGCCAAGGUUUUGUGAAUCCAUUGGAAUUUUGCUGUGGAAGUUACUAUGGUUACCACAUAAAUUGUGGGUUGAAGGCCAUAAUAAAUGGAACAGUUUAUGGCAAUCCAUGUGAUAAUCCUUCUAAACAUAUUAGUUGGGAUGGUAUACACUACUCUCAAGCUGCAAAUCAAUGGGUUGCUAAACAAAUUCUCUAUGGUUCCUUCUCUGAUCCACCAGUUUCAGUUGGGAAGGCAUGCUAGUUUCUGAGCAUGCAUGAUGCCAUGAUUAAGUGGACAUAUAUGAUGGAUUAUAUAAGCUAGUCACUUGUUUAAUUUGAAAGGGAUUACCAUAAAUUAUGUAGCUAGGUUUUCAAGUUUUUGUUUCAAUGAGUAAGAAAGAACAUAUAUAUGUUGAUGUGCUAAAAACACACUUAGAAAAAGUGUACUCUAUUUCAGAAGUAUUAUACAAUAUUAUCAUACACAAAUAUUUAUUGGCAGGUAAGAGCCUAAAUUUGGACCUU